CUGAUCAUAUAUUACAGCCUCUUAAACUCAGUUCUUCCAAAAUCAGCAUACCAGUUUCUCAUAGAAACCAUCAGUUUUAUCACAAUGCAGGCCACUCUACAGCUCUCACCACCAUCACUCCUUUCCUUUCUAACACCGACCACCCCGACCAAGUCCCUGGUCUUGCCGUUUAGGUCAGCUACUCCAAGGGCACAAUCUUCGAGAUUCCCCCAGCUCAAGGCAACCAACAACGUGACCUCUGAUCCUUCAACAGUUGAUUACAGCUCCAAUGCAACUUCGGUUUUUCCAGCAGAGGCUUGUGAAACGAUCGGAGGAGAAGCUUGUGAUGUCGAAAUGUAUCCUGAGGUGAAGCUUGAACCACAAGGGAAGAGCACCGCAGCCACGCCUGGUAAAGAGCGGGAGGAUAGAGAUUAUCUAGAGUAUGACAGCCCCAAAACGGUCUUCCCUGCAGAGGCUUGUGAUGAUCUUGGAGGAGAGUUUUGCGAGCCGGAGUACCAGAAAGGAGUAUACUAGAUGUUUAGAUUGAUACAAUUAGCAGGGAUGCUCAUGAUCCUUUGCGGUUGUCUUCUUACUUUCAUUGCCGACUUGUAUAGUUUUGUGAAUAGUAACUACUUGGAACUUAUGAAGUGUACCAUGAACAACUUUCCUGAAUAAUAAGGUACCUGAACUUGUUGUAAUAAAAAAGAAAAAAAAA